ACAGCUUGCAGGAUUCAUCAGCUGGUGAAAGCAUGCUGGGCGGUUAUGCCUCAUUCACACCAGUGGUGUUUAACUAUGCUGCCCUGCAGCCGCUCCUGCAAAUUCAAGGUGGCAAAACCAGAGAAGGAAAUCGUCAUUGAAAUUACGUUGGGCAUGCAGCAAGGCAACUCGCACAUCUUCGUGAGCAGCCAGCCUAGUGAGGCUGUCUUCACCCCAAGCACAACCUGGACACUGAGCUGCGCUGUGGCAGAGGCAAAGUUCUUUGAGCUGAUGACCAGGCAGGCCCCAGAUGCCAGCUUCCCCCUCAGAUGCCUGCAGCUCUGCGCCCGCAUUCUGGAGGGCACAGGCUUUUCCACCUAUACCUUGAAGACAGUGGUGAUGCACCUCUUGAACACCAUACCCCUGUCAGGCUGGCACAGGACACAUUUCCUGCUGCGGCUGGAUGACAUCAUGCGGUACCUGUGCCACUGCUUGGAGGAGAAACGCCUCGACCACUUCUUCUUUGGGAAUGAGAAGAUUCCUGAGGAGAUCAUCUUGCCCCCAGCCUUGCAAGGAGCCGAGCCAUUCAACCUCUUCCAGCAUCUGGCACAGGAUCCGGAUGCCCAAGCUGAGGCAAUGAGGGAGUUCAUGGACAUGCAAGACUGCCUCACAAGAAUGCUGACCUAUGGCCACUGA